AUGGAGCAGGCGGCCGCACCGAGCAUGAGCGUCGACGAGCUGCGCCGCCUGAUGCGGCAGGCGCCUACGGAGAAGUCGAAGGUUUUCGCCUAUAUCAUCGAGCGGUCCAUUGUAGUUGCGCACGAUAUCAUCGAGAAGCAGCUACGGACAUGGGAAACGGAAAGCUUGACCAAGAAGAUGCGGCGCCUGCUCAUCUUCGACACUCUCCGCGUGAAGAAUGCCUGCAUGGUGACCGAGGAAAUCGAAACUGCGCUGCCGGAGUGCGAGACGAGCCUCGGGAACGAUCCCAUGAGCGCGCUCGAAGGCCCAGAGCUCGCCGCUUACUACCUCGGCAAGGGAAAGGGCCAGAGUGCUGUUGCAAAGGCCGCGGCAGUCAACAACCCCGCGCCAGC